AUGGCCGGGUGCAACUCUGUGAGCCAUGCUUCCGGCAGCAGAGCGAUAAACAUCCGUCGGGUUGCAUACUGCACCAAUUUGGGAACGACUAGAUAUCGAUAUUUAUUCGGAGAGCUCCGGUUUGGGAUAAAGCGGCGCGAGCUCGGAAGGUUUAUGCUUUUCCAAACAAUCUCCGGCUUUGCCGUUUUCUCUCUCGCCUCCGCCAGCGCAAUCUUCCCUCGAGCAGCCUGCGGUGAAGGAGCGCAAAAGCUUUGCUACGGCGUCAACGGCGGCCAGUCUCAGGGCCUUGACCCAGAAGAUGUCCAGUACGUCGCCAAGUAUCUUCGAUACUUGAAUGACCAAAAUUCGGGCAAGGACAAAUUCUGGACCAUGCCAAAGGCCAUUGACUGUGCAGAGUGGUCACUCCCUGUGCCCAACGCCGGCACGGUACUCGCACUCGCCAAGCACAUCAACAACCGCGAGCUCUCCUCCAUUCUUUAUGAAGACCUCGCCGCCGCCAUUGAUGGGGGCAAGGACGCAUCGGACAAGGGCAAGAAUGAGCUGCUUGGGUGCGGUAAGAAUGGCGGCCAAAUGGGCGUCACGGCAAACACCAGCAACCCUCUCUACAACACGGCCGACUACAAGAGCAGCGGAGCAAAGCCAAACGGUAUCAUCAUCAAGCUGGUCAAAGCCCCUCCUAGCUGA